AUGACAGCAGAAUUCCCCCCACCAAACACAUCAGAGUUGGUCAAGCGUAUAUCUGAGUUGCUUCAGGAGCGUGAAGAAACUAUCGCUGUUAGUGAAGCAGCCUGCGGUGGUCUGCUCUCCAGCUACUUAGUAUCGGUGCCCGGCGCAUCGCAGUGGUUUCAUGGGGGCACACUCGUGUACAGUUUAAAAAGUAGAUUAAAGUUGAGCGGAUGGGAUGAAGAAGAUAUUUUAAACUACACAGGUCCUAGUGUCGAUGUCGCUCUGAGGUUGGCUAGAAAUCUUAAAUUUGAACUGGGUGCCACUUACACACUGUCCGAAACUGGCUUCGCGUCUGCAUCCUCCAACCUGGUCCCCAAAGGAAAAGAUCAAGGAGUUGGAACUGUUUAUUAUGGCAUAUCAGGCCCUACAAGAGAUGUAUCGAAGACAUACAAAACGGGGAGUGAGGACAGAUGCUUCAAUAUGCAGGAAUUUGCUAUUCAUGGAUUAAAAUUCUUACUGGAGGAACUAGAGCACAACAGUACAAAGAAGCAGAAACCAGAAUGA